AUGUCCGAUAACGAAAAUACGAAGCCUACGACUGAAGUUCAGGGAGACGAUAAGAAGAAGGCCCGCAAGACUACCAAGGUCGAUUCUUAUGCUACCUACAUUUACAAGGUUUUGAAGCAGGUGCAUCCUAAGCGCGGAAUCUCGAAGAAGGGAAUGGCUGUGAUGAAUUCCUUCGUUUCUGAUAUUUUCGAGAGAAUCGUGACGGAGGCUGGCCAUCUGGCUCGCGUCAAUCACAAGAGCACUGUGGGUACUCGAGAGAUUCAGACCGCUGUUCGUCUGAUUCUUCCUGGAGAGUUGGCGAAGCAUGCUAUUUCUGAGGGAACGAAGGCUGUGACCAAGUUCCGUGGCGAGUCUGCAUAAGUGUGUGGUAACUGGUGUUUGUCAAUACCAUCCU